AUGAAUAAAUUAAAUUAUCGCAAAAAAACCGACACGUCAAAUGUAAUUGAACAGAAAGAAAAUUUUAUUGAAGAAAGUGAAGAAAAUUCCAAAGAAAAGAGACCAUUAAAUUUAAUUUUAAAUGAUCAAAAUCGAUUAUUAAGUUGUUUAAUUUUAUUCCGAAUAAUAAAUGCUAUAUUUACGAAAACAUAUUUCAAUCCCGACGAAUAUUGGCAAUCAGUUGAAGUCGCUCAUUAUUUAGUUUUUGGAUACGGAUAUUUGACCUGGGAAUGGAAGGAGAAAAUAAGAAGUAUCGCUCAUCCUUUAUUAUUCGCAACUCUUUAUAAAAAUUUGGCAAUUCUCGGUCUCGACAAAGGGAACUUGUUUAUAUAUGCUCCAAGAAUUUUUCAAGCAGUAUUUGCAGGUAUAGGAGAUUUGUAUACUUAUAAGUUAGCAAAAAAGUUAUUUAAUGAAUCAACCGCAAAUUGGACUCUUUUCUGUUCUAUUGUUUCUUGGUUCAAUUUCUUUUGCUCUAUAAGGAUGUUAUCGAAUAGCAUUGAAACAGUACUGACUACUGUGGCAUUAUAUUAUUGGCCAUGGCCCUCUUUUUCAAAUUUUAUGAGUUGGAAUGAUCGAAUAAAAGCAUUACGCAUCUCGUUAACUUUAGCAGCAAUUUGUUGUAUUCUCCGUCCAACUAAUGUUAUUGUUUGGGGAUUUCUUGGUAUACAGUUAUUGUGGAAAACAAGGGAACAUCUUAUCUCUAUUAUUUUAAACACGCUCUUUAUCACAAUUAUUGCAAUUUCAACGAUAGUCUUAGUCGAUUAUACAUUUUAUGGUGAAAUAGUGUUUGUACCGAUUAAUUUUUUGUAUGUUAAUGUAAUACAAUCAAUUUCACUAUUUUACGGUUCACAUCCAUGGCAUUGGUAUUUAUCACAGGGUAUACCAUUUAUUACAACUACAUUAUUACCAUUCAUACUUAAAGGCAUAUAUGAUAUUUAUAAUGAUAAAAAAUUUCCUUCUUAUCAUCAUCAAUCUGUUAAAACAUUAAUUUGGUUAAUUAUAUUAAUGAUAUUUAGUUAUAGUUUAUUAAGUCAUAAAGAAUUUAGGUUUAUAUAUCCAUUAUUACCUAUUAUGAUAAUUUGCGCGGGAUAUUGUUUACGCGAAAUUUCUUUAAAAUAUCAAAAAAAAAUGUCGAGAAUAAUUGUGAUAUCCUUGAUAAUUACCAACAUACCAUUAGCUUUUUAUGCGAAUUUUAUACAUCAGCGUGGUGUUGUGGAUGUUAUGAAUUAUUUAAGAAAUGAAGCUAGAUCAGAAAAAGUUCAUGAAAUAGGAUUUUUGAUGCCUUGUAAUUCAACUCCCUUUUAUAGUAAUUUUCAUUUUAAUUUAUCCAUGUGGUAUUUAACUUGCGAUCCUCCUUUAAUGAGUAAAGAGAUUGAUAUUGAAAAUUAUGUUGAUGAAGCCGAUCAAUUUUAUAAUAAUCCACACGAAUUCCUUAAAACAUAUUUUGAGCCAAUUAAUUCAACAUCAUCGUCUACUGAUUUAAACCUUCGUAAAUGGCCAAAUUAUUUGAUAAUGUUUGAAGCUUUAUUACCCGAUUUAAAUCUUUUUCUCGAAAAACUAGAUUACAGAGAGUGCGCGAGAUUUUUUAAUUCUCACUUUAUUGAUGAUUGGAGAAGGAGAGGUGAUGUGAUAGCUUUUUGUAAAAAUUAAUAUGGUGAUCUAACUUUAAUAACUUUUGUAAAAAUUAAAAUGGUAAUUCAACUUUGCAAAUCCAAUUCAAAUUUCUUUAUUUGAAGAUAUGAGUUAGAGUAUUAGUAAAAUUGAUAUUAUUAUAUUAUUAUUUUUUUAUUAUUAUUUUAAAUCUCUAAUAA